AGAGGGAGCGAGAGCAGGGGACUGUAGGGAGGAGAGAGAGAGAGAGAGAGGUGCGAGCUGGUGAGCUCGUGCGGAAUAUCGCGUGCACACACCUGGGGUUUGUGACGCUGGUCUCGUGUGGGUUUCAUGGCUGUGGUGAUGGAGGUGUAGAGGAGAACAGAAACCAGCAGGGAGGGAGCUGCCGUCAACCACACCGAGCCCGGUUCUCCCCUGAACGCACCACGGAGGACCGGAGGACUGAUGGAGCAGAUAAUGAAAAUAGAAAACCUACAAAUGGCUGAGGAGGAGUCGUCAGCAGCUAAGUUUGAGUCAAUGAAACCGACCCGGGACGGCUGUAAUCUGAAUGGAUGACUCUCGUCGUGCUGUGUUUGUGCUUCGUUGAUGGAUUCGCCCAUCGGCACGGCCCUGCAGGGCGGCGGCGGCACCAACUACACAGCUGACCCCUCGGGUCCGACCUUCACCAACCAGCUGGGCACUCCCUCGCCUGUCGUGCCAAGGGUUGUUUCCAUAGUGACCAGCCUAGUGACCGCCACCACAGAGGCCACAUUGGGGAACACAGGAAACCUGUCGACGUUCCGGGACCACAGAGGGAGUGAGCUCAGUCUGAUCCACCAAGCGUCCACCCCGUCGGUGCUGAGCGCUGCCGAGAGUAACUCCGUCCUGCAGGGCAUCGCGGUGGCCACCCAGGCCCUAGUGCUCCUCUCCAUCUUCCUCCUCUCCAGCCUCGGCAACUCGGCGGUCGUCGUCGUCAUCAUCAAGCACCGGCAGCUCCGGACGGUGACCAACGCCUUCAUCAUGUCGCUGUCGCUGUCUGACUUCCUGACGGCCGUCCUGUGUCUGCCAUUCUCCUUUGUCAUGCUCUUCAGCAAGGACGGGUCCUGGAUGUUCGGAGACCGCUUCUGUGUGGCCAACGGCUUUUUCAACACCUGCUUUGGGAUCAUCUCCACCCUGACUAUGACUCUGAUCUCCUUUGACAGGUACUACGCCAUAGUCAGGCAACCACAGGCCAAGAUAGGGCGCCAGAAAGCGACUCAGUUGUUGAUAGCCGUGUGGGUGACUGCAGUCGUCUUCUCUCUGCCAUGGUAUCUGUUGGUCCCAACGCCUACAGAGAUCCAUAAGCAAGGUUUCUACCACUGUAUGUACGUGUUCCACUCUGGGACGUCCCGCAUGGGGACGGCUUACAGCGUCUGCCUCAUUGUCGUGUGUUACUUACUGCCCUUCUCCCUCAUGUGCUUUUGUCACUACAACAUCUGUAAGACGGUUCGUCUCACUGAAAUCCGAGUCAGGCCAGUGACCACGUACGCGUACUUGCUGCGGUUCUACAGUGAAAUGAGAACCGCCACAACGGUUCUGAUUAUGAUCGUCUUCGUUAUUUUUUGCUGGGGUCCAUAUUGUCUGAUGGGACUGGUCACGGCAAUGGGGGACUACACGUUCAACCCUGCAAUGGACACGGUGGCCAUCUGGCUAGCCUGGGCCAACGGAGCCAUCAACCCUCUGAUCUACGCCCUGAGGAACCCCAAUAUCUCCAUGUUACUGGGGCGGAGCAGAGAGGAAGGAUAUCGGACCAGAAACAUUGCCGCGUACCUCUCCGGCCAAACCCAGAACCGGGAGAUUCGGCUCAACCAAGCGGAGAGGAUAAGGGACCGCUACGUGAGUCGCGUCGGGGUGAAUAAUAACAGCCGGAUGUCAAGCUCAAGUCCCAACAAAGGGGGAGGAGAGGUGGCAAUGUGGGCCUGUAAGAACCCUGCUGUGUUCUUCUGCCGGGACGCCCAUCCCGACAAUGCAGCUCUAGCCAACUCCGUCAGUACCCCGAAGAUGAAGACAGCGGAUACCAGCCUGUGACAUUCCCGGAGAAUGCCUAACCAUUUUACGAUUGUUUUCGUCUUAUCUGUAUUUGCUGAUCUAGAGACUGCUAUUACCACUUAGUAACAUGUUUUUGGAAACCUUAUAGUAUGUAUGUCUUUUCCGAAAUGUUUAUUCUGAUUUUGGUCCAUGGAGCCAAAAGCUUACUGUUUAAUUUCAGAACUGUUUACACUAUGUGGGAAGACAUAAGUUAGCUGUGACAGUAGACUGGUACAUGGAAUUCUUUCCUGAUUUUUGAGGACAUCAACAACAGGGGACCAUCUGUAGGACCUCUAGUAUCCCCUCAGUGAUGAGGCAUGGAAGGGGAUGGGAAAUAUUUCUGUAGAAAACCUCAAGACCUUUGUGAUUACAAAGGUCUUUAUGUCAUUUCAUCUGCAUGUGGAUAUGGAAAACUGAUCAAGCUUUUCCUUAAUCCUAAACAUUUCAUGAUUAAAGCACAUAUGUAAUGUCAUUUUCAGACACCUCCAGAAAAAUGACAGUGUUUUCAUUCUUAAAACGACCUACAGUUGCUUACACUCCUCAUUAAGAAACAAAGGCCUGGUCACGAACCAGGAAGUGGCACAGUGAAUUUCAUCCAUACAUCCUAGGAAAAAAAUGCAGAUUGAUGACUAUUUGCAGGGCUAAUUGUUAAACUACUGUAGCUGGCUAGCUUACCACUUAUGCCUCCGAGUUACAAUAGAUUCCCGAAUCAUAGUCAUCAUAGGACCUCUGUCUCAAAGUCCUCUUGUUUACAGUUUGUCCUCCGGCAGAGCAGUGUUAUAAUAAAGUGGAUGGUGCAGCGCUGCUAGUAAGAUAUGGCAGUUUCCUCUGUUUUGGACUGUGGUCUCUGAGUUCCCUUAAAGGUCAUCAGUGUCAAAACGGUUCUCUAUCAGUCAGCGGUGCAAGGUUCACCAAGUUGAUUUGUAUGGAUCAAUAAACAAUGGUUUUGCUGCCCAGUCACCAGGAAUUUUUGUACAGGUGUCUUAGUCUGACGUGUGACAGGGUAUGUUGAGCGACCAUUAUUGAAAGUUACGCUGAGUGGAAGUACAGCGUGUGGAUGAGUCAAACAAACACAGGACGCCGUUGUCCGUGUUCCCCUGUGAAACCAAAAGUCAACACGUUGAUUUAUUUUUACAUUACUAAGUAUGUACGUAAUGUUAACGCUGGUUACGGAAUGUUUUGUGAGAAAGUCCGUUAACGUCGAUUUGUUUAUGGCGGUUACCAUGUCACGGUUAUUUUGUAACCUUACGUUGUGACGUUAUUAUUUUAACACAAACAUGAUCCUUUGUAUAAUCUUUACCAAGUAGUUUUGUUGCCUAAAACUAAGCAAUCAUUGCGCAAUGUUAAUCGUAUGGCAAUGUGCGUUUCUGCAGGAAGGACGUGUUGCAGAAACGUAUGCUGCCCAAAUAAAUUCUGGAUACCCUGUGGCCAGGUCCACUGAUUGCACCAACUCCAUUGAAAUGAAUAGAUUUUGCUCUGCAAAAAUGUCCAUUUUAAAUGUUAGUGUGACCAGGCCAGUAGGGAGGUGCUUUCAGUUGCCUGUAUUGAGCCAGACCUGAACCUCAGAGGUUGUAGAU